AUUAGAAUUAGGCAUGAUGCGUCAUAUAAGUAUAGCGCAUUUUGUAGUCAGGCUUUUUUAUGCUUUUUUUUUUUCUUCAUAUAAUGAUAAUAUGAAGUAUUUAUAAGGUAAUCACGUCAGAUAUGCUGUUUACUGUGCAAAUUGAAUUACUUACGCCACAUAUUAUGUAAGUGCUGUGCAGAUGUGCAGUGCAAAUGGGAGAUCCUUGACGUACUUUCUUUCUUCUUGCUCUUAGUAAAGAAGUUAUGUAGAGACUCAUCGACUUUCAUCUGUAAUUAUUCUUUACUAUCAUUCGUCUUUAUCACUGACGUUACUCUUUUAGAAUUGGUUAUGCGUCAAGAGCCAUCCAGUGCAAUUAGUAAAACCCAAAAAACAAUCAUGUAUACGUCACACUGGCUUUAUUUUCGCGUGUAUUUUCGCGUAUGCGUAGUGUUUUCCUAAAAAAAUCACCCUCCUUUUCUUUUCAGAUAAAAAUAAUGGACGACCCGAAUGCUGACACAGAAUGGAACGACAUCUUGCGUGCAAAAGGCAUUCUUCCUCCUAAAGAUGAGAAAAGAGAAGAUGAAUUGGAAGAUGAAUUUAUUGAUUUGUUAAAGGCACGAGAAGCUGAAAAAAACAGUCUUGAAAAUAAGGAUCUUGAUGAACUUGAUGAACUUGAAGAUCUCGAAGAUGAUAGAAUUUUGCUUGAAUACAGACAAAAGCGAAUGAUGGAAAUGCAAGCAAUGGCAGCAAAAGACAAGUAUGGACAAGUAACAGAAAUAUCAAAGCCUGAUUUUGUAAGAGAAGUAACAGAAGCAAGCAAAGACUGCCAUGUUGUAGUUCAUCUGUAUAAAGACUAUAUUCCCGCUUGUAAAUUGAUGAACCGCUGCUUAGCCGAGCUUGCCUCACAGUUUAAGGCGACUAAAUUUGUGAAAAUUGUUAGUGAUCAAUGUAUACCCAAUUUUCCUGACCACAACGUUCCUACUUUAUUGAUCUAUGGCCAAGGCGAUCUCAAGGCAAACUUGGCAGGCGCCAUUCAAUUUGGUGGCAUGAAAAUGACAAGCAAGAGUCUUCGUUCUAUUUUAUCAAAAUAUGGCGCUGUUCCUGCAGAACAAGUUCAAGAAGAACAAGAUAAUAAGCCAAAACGUUCUAUCUAUCAAUCAAAGGCUACAGCUGCGCUUAGUAGCGAUGAAGAAAGUGAAGAAGAGGAUAGAGGCUAUUACUAAUAAUAAUAAUAAUAAUAAAAUAUAAAUCACACAACUUGUAAAAAUGACACGG